CACUACUGCUACCACUACUACUAUUACUACUAUUGCUUGGGGAAGCCUAGCCCGAGGUCUCAACACCACCUUCUAAUGGACCCCAAGCUCAGUAACGGACGCUGUGCCUGAUAGUCUCACAGGCUAAGCCUGCGGCCAAGAAAAAUGCCCCUCGGUUAGACCCUGGGCUUUUAUUCCUCCCAUUUGCUAUCUAGCCCGGCUAUCUGGCACCAGAGUACUUCGUCUUACUCAGCGCUAACACGCUUUGUGGAUAGUACUAUUAUAUAGGUCUGCAGGACACCUAUCAGAAGCGAUGCGAAGUCCUUUCAGCUACAACUUUCCAGCCAGGACCCACUGAUAGUAACGCAGACUGACAGCCUCAUGUCUCGAGUCAGCAUUUGAGCCUCAGGGUACAUAUAAAGCCAGCGUAUAUCCUACAGCUGUCAGAGCAUGAGAGCCAUUGCCCUGAUUGCUGCGCACUUUCCAGAUCUCGAUACAUCAACAAUCUCAGCAUGGAUCAAAUCGUUGCUCAAAUCCAGUCGCUCGCUAGGAGUGGCGAUGAAGCAACCCGAAAGACCAUCAUAGACACCCUUAGCAAUCUGUCCUACUCUCUUGAGACUCCCCAGGACACGAUGCAGAGAAUUUCUUACCUGCAUCUGCAACCCGCCUUGGUCAGGGUCGGCCUUGACCUGAAGCUGUUCAACAUCCUUAGCGAGAGCAAAGAGCCCUUGACCACCGAACAACUAGUCGCGAAGACAAACGCAGCGCCAAUCCUGUUAGGCCGUAUCCUACGCUACCUUGCUUCCGUCGGCACCAUCCGAGAAACAGGCAUCAACACCUUUACCGCGAACAACAUCACCCACUCCCUCACUAUCCCCGGUAUCCAAUCCGCCAUCUACCACAAUGUAGACAGCAUCGGCCCCGUGAUGUGGGCCCUCCCCGACUUCCUCCAAUCCACCAACUACCAAGACAUCACGGACCCCACCAAAACCCCCCUCCAAAAGGUCUUUAAUACCGAUCUCCCCGGCUUUAUCUUGAUGCAAACCAUGCCUGAGAAACUCGCCCACUUCCUCCAGUUCAUGGAAGCCCACCACAUGGGUCUGCCCACCUGGUUGGACGUCUAUCCGAUCCACGAGAAAACGGCCGACCUCCGUCCGGACCAAGCGCUCUUCGUGGAUGCCGGGGGCGCGAUCGGCCACCAGUGUGUCAUGCUUCGGGACCGAGUGCCCGUGCAGCAAGUGCCGAACCGCGUCAUCUGUCAGGAUUUCCCGUCUGUCGUGGCGCAAGGGAUCCCGCAUGACGGGGUGGAAAUGAUGGGGCAUGAUUUCUUUACGAAGCAGCCUGUUGAAGGCGCCCGGAUCUACUAUCUCCGGAUGAUCAUGCACGACUACCCGGAUGACAAGGCCGUGGUUAUCCUUCAGAAUAUCAUGGCCGCCAUGAGCCCCGACUCGAUCAUUCUGGUCGAUGACAUGGUCAUCCCAGAUGGCGGGGCGCACUGGCAUGCCACCCAGAUUGAUGUCUCCAUGAUGGUGUCUCUGGCGUCCAUGGAGCGGACGAAAGAGCAGUGGUAUGCUUUAAUGGAAAAGGCGGGACUGAAAAUUAAUCGGACCUAUACCUAUACGGAGAGUCUGGCAGACAGUAUCUUGGAAUGCGUGCCAGUUACAGAGGACAUCGUUCGGCGGGACCUAGCGUGUAACUUGAUGUUUUUUUUUUUUUUUUUUUUUUUUUUCUUUUGGACCAUUGGAACGAACCACGUGGAGAACCCUGUCAAACACUGAAGAAUUUCGUUCUAGCCGAAUGUGUCUUAUGCCCGACUAUCUCGGAGAUUGGGCACGACGAUAGCUUGCCGCCAAGCUUUGCUAAAUGACCAGGAUCAACUCGGUGGAUCCCUCUUUCCCUCAGACAUCACGGAACAGAGUUCCUGGGAACAGUGAGCCAUGCUGUCUGUACUCCGUACACCCCAGUCAAAUUACGCAAUGACCAUAGUCCCCUUGCCUAGAGGCAUGGGCAUGUGCGUUCACUGUUUUCCCGCCCUCCGUCC